CAUCAACAAUCUUUUCAUUUGUUUUUCUCCUCCUAAGAUAUUUGAGAAGAAACAUUUGAGUCGAAAUUGAUGCUUGCAAUGAAACAUAACUGAGUACUCCAUUUCUAGUCUCUAAAGCUUUGAUAGAGCAACAUCUGAGCAUUAAAAGUUUCCUUUUGUUGUGUGUGUGUUUGUGUGACUCUAUGUGGAAGUGCUGGAAGGUUUUUGAGUAUCUGAGCUAAUAAAAGCCUUGCAAACACAGAUGUCCCUCUCUGAGACCUGCAGAGGACAUAAUCCUCCAUCCUGGCAACAUUUCGACUGUUAUUUCUUUCUUAUUUGAGUUCUCCAUCCCUUCUCGAAGUCCUGUUGCUAAGCUCUUAAAAAAAAAAAAAAAAUCCCAUCCAUCAUCAUCAGCAGUAGGUUUUGUCCUUGUAACCGUGUUUCGCCUCAUGAAAGCAAUCAUUUUCAUUGCCUACGCAGUCUAUUCUUCUACCAAGGUCCCCUGGUGGGCUGGUUCCUCUCCGUGUUGAAUCACCUCCUUUAUUUCUUCUCCUCCUCUGAACUCCGGAAGCCCUUGAGGAGUGAGACCAUGGCACCGCUUUCCUCUCGACGCUCUUCUAUCCUCUUUCUGUGUCUCGCCCUCGUCCUUUCUUUGCCCCCAUCCUGUUCUUCUGAAUCCCAGCGUGAAGAGCCGUCUCUCCAGCCCUCCGUUGCUCCAGAGGUUCCCUCAGAGCUCUACAGUAACCUGACCAACAACAGCAACGGCACCGCUCUGAACAAACCAUGCAGCGAACCUGUGGAGUGCAGGCCUGGAAUCGUCCUGCCCAUAUGGAAGCCUAUCAAUCCCAGUCUAGGAGAGCAGAUCGUCCGGGCCGUCGUGUAUUUCGUCUCGCUCAUGUACAUGUUUCUGGGAGUGUCCAUCAUCGCUGACAGAUUCAUGGCAUCCAUCGAGGUCAUCACGUCACAGGAAAAAGAAGUGACCAUCACCAUGCCCAGUGGAGAAACGUCAGUGGCCACUGUGAGAAUCUGGAACGAGACCGUGUCCAAUUUGACCCUGAUGGCACUUGGUUCAUCUGCCCCUGAAAUUCUCCUGUCGGUUAUUGAGGUGUGUGGUCAUGGUUUUGAGUCCGGUGAGCUGGGUCCAGGCACCAUUGUGGGCAGCGCUGCCUUUAAUAUGUUUGUGAUCAUUGGAAUCUGCGUGUGGGUGAUUCCUGACGGCGAGGUGAGGAAGAUCAAACAUCUGAGAGUCUUCUUCAUCACCGCGUUCUGGAGUAUCUUCGCUUACAUCUGGCUCUACCUGAUCCUGUCCGUCAUCUCGCCUGGAAUCGUGGAGAUAUGGGAAGCUCUGGUCACUCUCUGCUAUUUCCCUGUGUGUGUGAUUCUGGCUUGGAUCGCUGACCGACGCCUCCUUUUCUACAAGUACAUGUCCAAACGGUACCGUGCUGACAAAAGAACAGGUGUUGUUGUGGAGACUGAGGGGGAAAUGACCCCCAAAGGUAUGGAGAUGAUGAUGGACGGCAAGUUUCCACUGAGGGGCGGAGCCAUAGGGAUCAGCACACAGGAACAUUACCAGGAUGGAACCAGCAACACAACAAGCACCAUGGCAACUCUACCCAACUCCAACAGCACGACCGUUUACAUGGAAAGUGUCAAGGACCUGGACGAGAGCCGUAAAGAAGUGAUCCGUAUCCUGAAGGACCUGAAGCAGAAAUAUCCAGAUAAGGAGCUGGAUCAGCUGGUAGAAUUGGCCAACUACUACGCUCUCCUUCAUCAGCAGAAAAGUCGCGCCUUUUAUCGUGUCCAGGCCACACGUAUGAUGAUCGGGGCCGGUAAUGUGCUGAAGAAACAUGCUGCUGAUCACUCUCGUCGCACUGUUGUGGUGGGCGCCAACGAGGCUUCGGAGGAUGAUGACCUGGCCGUCUGCAGUCGCAUUUCCUUUGAAAGUGCACACAGCCAGUGCAUGGAGAACUGCGGCACCGUAAUGAUACCUGUGGUGUGUCGAGGAGGCCUGGGGGAGAGCACUUUCUACAUAGACUACUGUACGGAAGAUGGCACAGCCAACGCUGGAUCAGAUUAUAAGUACUGCGAAGGGACACUGGUGUUCAAACCUGGAGAAACCAGGAAAGACAUUAAGGUGGGCAUCAUUGACGAUGACAUCUUUGAGGAAGACGAACAUUUCUUUGUGCGUUUACUGAAUCUGCGUGUCGGGGAUGCAGAAGGUAUGUUUGAGAGUGACGACAUGGAUCAGGCUCCCAAGGCCCGGCUGGUUGAACCGCUGAUGUCUACAGUCACCAUCCUGGAUGAUGACCAUGCCGGGAUCUUCACUUUUACGGACCGCCUGGUGCGAGUGAGCGAGAGCGUGGGUACCAUGGAGGUGACGGUGGUCCGGAACUCUGGUGCCCGCGGAACCGUGAUCAUUCCAUACCACACGGAGCCUGGAACGGCCCAAGGAGGAGGGGUCGACUACGAGGACACACACGGAGAGCUGGAAUUCGCAAACGAUCAGACAACUCAGACCUUUCAGGUGAGGAUCAUUGAUGAUGAAGAGUACGAGAAACAUGAGAAUUUCUUCAUCGUUCUUGAAGAACCUCGCUGGCUGAAGAGGGGAAUCUCAGCCCUGCUGCUGAACCAAGAGGAUCCGGAGGGACAGUUGAGCACGGAGGAGGAGGAGGCCAGGAAGAUAGCGGAGAUGGGCAAACCUAUUCUAGGGGAGCACAGCCGGCUGGAGGUCGUGAUCGAGGAGUCCUAUGAAUUUAAGAGUACCGUUGAUAAACUGAUCAAGAAGACUAACCUGGCGCUGGUCAUCGGCACUCAUUCUUGGCGAGAGCAGUUUGUGGACGCAGUGACCGUCAGUGCAGGUGAUGGAGACGAUGAUGAAGAUGAGGGUAGAGAGGAGCAUCUCCCGUCCUGCUGUGAUUAUGUCAUGCACUUCCUGACAGUGUUCUGGAAGGUUCUGUUUGCUUUUGUUCCACCCACGGAGUACUGGAAUGGCUGGGCUUGCUUUUUGGUAUCCAUCACUGUAAUUGGCCUCCUCACUGCAGUCAUUGGAGACCUGGCUUCGCACUUCGGCUGCACUGUAGGCCUCCGUGACACUGUCACUGCUGUGGUGUUUGUGGCUCUGGGCACUUCUAUUCCAGACACAUUCGCCAGUAAAGUCGCAGCUACUCAAGAUCAGUACGCAGACGCCUCCAUCGGAAAUGUCACCGGCAGCAACGCCGUCAACGUGUUUCUGGGUAUCGGCGUGGCCUGGUCCGUAGCGGCCGUAUACUGGGCGAUCAAAGGCAAGCGGUUUGACGUGGACCCUGGCUCACUGGCCUUCUCCGUCACCCUCUUCACUAUCUUUGCCUUCAUCUGCAUGGGGGUACUACUGUUCCGGCGCCGGCCGUCUAUUGGGGGAGAGCUGGGCGGCCCUCGUGUUGCUCGUAUACUCACUACGCUCCUCUUUCUGGGUCUGUGGUUCCUCUAUAUCCUCUUCUCCAGCCUCGAGGCCUACUGCCACAUCCAGGGCUUCUAAACGGCCCCGCAGAGAGAGGGCGCUUUUGAGGCUCAGAGCCAAUAAGCUACAUACAUCAACACACAAAUUUGCACACACACACACACUUACAAAACACGUAUUUGGUGAAUCGUUGAAUGCAUUAAUACAAGGACCAUUCAGCUUAGAUGCAUCCCUGGUAGAGAAUUUGAGGUGGAAAAAGUUCAGAGAAAAAGGAUGGUGUUUGAGAUUGAGAGGGUUGAAAGAAGAGGAGUAUAUGAAAAAGAAUGCAAAGCAUGUAGCAAAAGAGGGGGGAAAAGAGUGUAAAGUACUAAAACAAAAGAGGGAGCGAUGAUGUAAAAUAGUCACAUUUAUAUCUUUUCAUCUCUCGAGCUCAUGGGCAGAACUGACGACUUUUGUUUAGCACUGCAGACAUUGUCACAUAACAGGUCUUUUUAUGGUUCAAGGGCACAAUACAUCAGAGUAAAGAGUAAGAGGUGUCUUCAGAACUGAGAGGCAAACUAUAGUGAUGGCUUUUUAGAUGCUAAUGAAAAUGCAGCAGCAAUAGAGCUGCUUAAAAGAUCAGCAGUUUUGCUUGGGCUGUGUGCAUCGUUCUGCACUAAAGCAGUCCUUUACGAUCGUGGCUUGACAGGUCGUACAAUAUGACGCCAGAGGUCUUGAGUAAAAGCCAAGACGGUCUGAAAAUGCGUGUCACACUAGACUUCAAGCAUGCAAAAUUACUUUAGACCCUGCCUGCAAUGAAUAUGCGCAGCAGGAUAUGAUGUCAUGCUCUAGGGCUUCUUGUUUUAAUAAAUAAUAAAAUAUAAAUAACUAAUAAUAAUGCAGUCUAGUGUGAGCGCACCUACCUUCAGUCACGAUUGAAAUGGUACUAUAAAACUAAUGUUGCCAGUGUUUGAUGUCAGACUAUCAGAGCGAACACAAAGCAAAUUUGAUGGUAAUGCGAUGGGAAUGCUAAAUAAUGAAAUAUUUGUUUUGCAUAAAGUAUUGUGAAAUAGUGAUCAUGACACACUAAGCGAUCAAAGACUUUCAUUUGUGCCCUGUAAUGACAAAAAAUGUUUAACGAAAUUUGUAGAAAAAUAGAGUCAAGAAUAGUCUAGAAUAGGACAGAAGAAUGAAAGAAGAUGGAAGUUAUUCAUCAAACAUUAGACUCAAUAUUCUGCUAGUUUAAAGACAUUGGAUCCAGAUAUUUUCAUGUGGUUUUACAUGAAUGCUCUACACUUCAACAAUCCCUGUAAUUCAACAAACAAAACGUCUCACACAGUAUUAUGACUGGGAUCUGCUGAAAUGGAACACUGCUCUCGAUGACAUCAUAAUGAUUUGAAUCUUCAAUUGUUACAUUCAUUCUGUGCUUUCUGCUGCCUAGAGACAAUGGAACUCUCUCUGUGUCCACGUUUGAAAGCAUCAAUGUAAAAAUUCCCACUGGAAAACACCCGCCGUCAUCUCCAUAUCUCCAAGCCUACUGGGAUGUGUGCGAAACUGUUCUCCUCUCUUUAGUAUGAGACCACAGCAGUGUUCAGAGUAUGCUUGCAGUGGCUGAAUGGGGUUCGGUCCGGUCAAAGUAACUAAGAGUUUAUCUUCUUUACACAGGUUUAUUAGGAGGACAAAUUAUUUGGAUGUCAGCUUUAUUAGGGUGCAAAAACUGAAGUGUGAUCAUGUUCAUUUUGAUGCAUCCAAGUUCUCAUAACAAAACACUAAAGUUAAAGCGUCA